AUGGCAGCCGGCGCCGGCGUCUUCUGCAAGGCCUCAAGGUUCCGUUGGCUAUGCUUGGUGCGCAGCGUGGUCGCCACGGCGGUCGCCGUGUUCGCCGGCGUCCUCGUUGUCUGGGCAGUGUUCCUGCUGUUCAAUCCCCUCAAGCUCCAACUCCGGAUCCCUAGCAGCUCCGUGGCGGCUACCAACCUCAGAAAUCGCACCUCCAUCUACUACCACAACGUCACCAUCCGGCUCGCCGACAGCCAGGAGUACCUAUCCUUGCCACCGGAGAACCGGACCUUCAUCGCUACGUUCAACCUGAAGGCUAAGAUAUUCUUGUCUCAGGGGAAGGAGGCCGAAUACAUCUUGACGGAGCGCGUAGGCAUGAAGUUGAACCUGUCGUACCUCCGGAAGCUCUUGCCCAACCAAACAGGCCACAACAGCAUCGACGUGGCCAUGGAGGUGGAUGGCUUCAUCACCGACUACGGCCCGGGUGUGGCCCACCGCGCCACCUACAUCUGCAUCCCGCUCAAACUCAUGGGCAACUCCCCGCUGUCGUCGCUGUUCGACGAGAGCAACGCCUAUUGCGCGCCUACUUACUAA